AUGGCUGGACACAUUGCCAAAUAUCUCCGUCAUGCACCUGUAGCCAAACCCCACGUUGACUUGAAGAUCAAAUGGGCUUCCAAGUUGUUGGGGGGUACCAUGUGGUUUUACAUUUUCUACAGAAUCAAGGAAGAUGGACCUGUAAUGUUUGGCCAAAAGUUGCCAUUUGAACAUUAG